CGUGGCAAAGUGUGUAUACAGACGUGCUCUCUCUCCCCCUUGGGCGCUCAUCCGCGAGGACUCCGCGGCGACACUCUUCCUCGGCCGCGCCGGCAUAGUGGGGACAAUUUAUAUCAAUUUUUUCUCCGCCACCCCUUCUCGCCAUCGCGUUUUUAUUAUUAUUGCCCAUGUUGUAAAAAAGAAAACAUGGCAUAGUGGCAAAAAGGGAGGAAAGCCGUGUGAGUGAGAGAGUGGAAAAGACGGUGGAAAAAGACCCCAAAGGAGAAAAUAAGCUUUUCGGUGAGAGAGUCUCACUGACUAAUACCACAACCAAAUAAUUCCAUAUCACAUCACCGUGUGCGCUUUUAUCCCACAGAAAGGUGGGAGACGACGUCCAAAGUGGUUUGAAAGAACUCGUCGGUUCGCGAGGAAUCCGUGCGUGUGCUUUUCUUUCCCGCAUUGCAAAUCUGCAACAGGGCGUUUCAUCCAUUGUCUCAGGAUCUGCUGAGGUUCUUGCGCACAAUUGUCGGGGAAAAUGACGCAAAUUGCCUGAAGUGAUAUCGGGAAUCGGCACAGCUUUUCAAGCCUCAAUGCAGGGCUUCCAUCCGGAGGACUAUAUGUGAAGUGCAAUGCUGCCAUGACUGAUUUCGCGGCCCUCCAGGAAGUCGGCCAACUUCCCUCCGUCCACAAUCCCUGACCAGAUUAACUUCAAGCCGACAAUCUUGGAAGAUGCAAAAUUGAAAGUGUUGCAAUAAUAGGUGAAGAACUGAAGAGUGUCGAUCACUUGCUGUGAUAAAAUGCGAUCAAAAUCCAUCGCUCGAAGAUUCACUCAAGGUAGCAGUGGUGACGAGCUUGAGAGUGGUCGAGGACUCGCGGCGAGCCUUGACGUUCCACCAGGACUGCAAGUGAUUCCAUUGAGUCCGUCUGAGGAGUCCAAGGAGCGCCUGAAGGUGAGAUCGAGAGAUCAACUGUUCGCUGAAAUGGCCAAACAUCACAGUCCACCGCAGGAGAUUGAGUUGCGAAGUGGUUCGGUGUACGCCAAGAAUCUGAUACAUCGCAAUACGCAGUACGGACCUUACGUGGGAAGAUGGACAAACGAGCCAUCGGACAAGAGAUUCGCCUGGGAGAUAACCGUCAAUGAGAACCUGCGAGGGUGGCUGGACGCCUCCAAGGAGACGUCAAAUUGGCUGAAGUAUGUCAGACACAGUAGUUCGAGUAGCGAGGCUAAUUGUCACCAGUAUCUAGUAUCAGGUCAAUUGUGGUAUGAGGUGAUUAGAGACAUUACACCUGGCAGUGAACUACUUCUGGGGCCCAAAGUUCCUCUCCUCUUUCGCGACAUGUGCUCAAAUGGACCGAGAGACGACCGCAGUGAUAGAGAAAGUGGUUCUCAGCACAGUGGAACGGGAGAAGAGGAUUUCAUCACUUCAUCGAACGAUUUGGACAACAUCAAAGCGGAAUCGGGCGGCCAACCGGAUCCAGAGAGUGACGACGAGGACGGCAUCGACUGCAAAUGCGUUGUAUGUGAUCGACAAUGUCAAGAUAUUGACCAGCUCGAUGAGCACUUAAUAAUAUCGCAUCACUAUCCGAGAGACGCCUUUCGCUGCGAAUCCUGCGCAAAGACUUACAGUUACAGGCCAUCGUUGCUCAGGCACAGAGCUUUAGUCCAUGGCGAAUUGAGGAAAUAUCCCUGCGAGAAUUGUACAAAGGUCUUCACAGAUCCGUCGAAUCUUCAGCGACACAUUCGCGCUCACCACGUGGGCGCCAGGAGUCACGCGUGUCCAGAGUGCGGCAAGACAUUUGCCACGUCCUCUGGUCUGAAGCAGCACACGCACAUUCACUCCUCGGUGAAGCCCUUCCAAUGCGAGGUGUGUUUCAAAGCCUACACCCAGUUCUCGAAUCUCUGCCGUCACAAGCGCAUGCACGCCGACUGUCGCAUGCAGAUCAAGUGCACCAAGUGCGGCCAGAGCUUCAGCACAGUGACGUCGCUAUCCAAGCACAAGAGAUUCUGUGAUUCCACGAGCGUCGCCCCGGCGCACCACCAGUCACAGCAGCAGCAGUCGGGGUCCAACUUGAAUCAGGCAGGCGUGCAGGCCGCCACUAUGACGACACCGCCGAACCCCUUCCUCAUGUUCCGCGGCCCGUCGCCCUUCUUUCCGCCCACGUUCUCGCCCUAUCCCAGCUUGCCGGGCAUGUUCCCGCCCAGUCCGGCCCAGGCGCCGCCGUUCCCGCUCAUCUUUCCCAAGCCCAGCAUCGAUCUGAGCGGGAUGCAGGACAACGAGCGACACACGCCGCCGAGGCAGUUGAACCACCAUCACUCCCUGAAGGUGUCUCCGUCUGCGGCAGAGGAGGCGUCCAAUCAUCUGCAUCCCUCACCUGCCCGUCCCGUUCCAAUAUCGCUUCUGCAGCACUCCAAGUUGGCUGCCAAAGGCCAUCGGGCCAGCAGCUCAGAGGAGGACACAAAGUCUCCCACUCUGCACGACUUCUCGCUGAAAAAUCUCGGAAAGAGACGCCGCGAGCGAUCAAUGAGCCCGACAGAGAAGAAGGCAAUGAAGGACGAGAUCGAUGUUGUCAAGACGCCAAGGCAAUCUUCUGACCGAGAGGAUUCGCUAGAGCGCGAAGAUUGCGAGGAUUCAAGAAAGUCCACGCCACCACUGGAUGGCGGAAUCUUCCGCGCUCAGUCGCACACUCCGAGGCGGCAAGAGACCUGCAAUGGCCAGGCCGCAGAUUUGCAGCCCUUGGAUUUGACGGUGACGCGUCGAAAGCGCAGUCGCAGCGCCUCACCGCUGCCGGCUGAGGUGAAGAAGCACCGCGACUCGACUCCGCCGUCUUUCCAGGCCAGUCCGUCGCCGUCCGUGUCGCCCGGACCCACGCCGUCGCCAUCGCCGCCAGGCCCGCCCAUGGCCUAUCCCCGGCCGAUACACCCAAUGUUGUUAGAAGCAAUAUACAGACCAUCCGGAUUAGGUGCCUUUCAACGACCUUUUCCUUUUUUAGGACCAAUUGGCCGUCCUGGCUUCGAUUUGCUUAGUCGCAGCGCCGGCUCUUUCCCGCCGAAGCCCUUCCACGAGGCCCUCAUGGCGGCCGGCGGCCUCACGGCGGGCCUGGGCGGCGCCAAUGGUGGCCUGAUAGGCGGCAGUGGCGGCGGCGGCAACACAAAGAACAAGGACCGCUACGCCUGCAAGUUCUGCGGCAAGGUCUUCCCGCGAUCCGCCAACCUCACGCGCCACCUGCGCACGCACACCGGCGAGCAGCCGUACAAGUGCAAGUACUGCGAGCGGUCGUUCAGCAUAUCCAGCAAUCUGCAGCGGCACGUCCGCAACAUCCACAACAAGGAGCGGCCCUUCAAGUGUCACCUGUGCGAGCGGUGUUUCGGCCAGCAGACUAACCUGGACCGCCACCUGAAGAAGCACGAGGUGGACUCGGGCGGAAUGGGAUUUAGCAUGGGAGACUCGCCGUCGUCGAACGAGGCGGAUCGCGAGGACGCGUGCUUCGACGAAAUACGCUCCUUCAUGGGCAAGGUGACCUACUCGGGCGCCCAGGCGCACCUCUACGGCCCACUGGGCGUGACCACGAGCAUCGAGGCCACCGCCGAGGCGGACGAGGCGAGUGAUCUCGAGAGUGACAUCAACAUUGAGCACUCCGACUCGAAGAAGUCCAUCAACAACAACGAAACCAUCGAAGUGUCCACUUAGGCUUUGAACUUAACCUUCUGAAAUUCCUCAAAACACCCUAAAAUCCCACUUCUGUACAUAACGGAUAUCGUCAUUCUACUGCAAUUUGCAAGGAAGAAAUAUCACAAAAUGUCACUAUUUAGGCAACAAUUUCAAAACUAGGCAAAACAUAAGCAAAUCCCAAAACAGUCUCUAAGCAAAAACUAAUGGAUUCUUGGAGUAAUAGUUUUAAUAAUUAGCUUGUAACUUAUGACAAUUUUAAGAACAUCCACGCUUUUUGAAGAUAGCGAUCAUACUGCAACUUUAAUGGUGUAAAGGACUUAUAUAAGGAUCGUUCUUGCCACACUUAAAACACGACGGUCUUUUUUCACACUACCUAGUGAUAUUUUUUUUCUUAAUUCAAAACCAAAAAAAAUAAAUAAUUCAAUGUUUAGGAAAUUUUCUAAAAAAAAGCAACAAUCACUAAAUGGGUUGACAUAUAAAUAUGUAAAAUUGUUUUCUUAGACUAGAAACACUUUGAAAUCACCAAUGUAAGAUUUUAUUUAAUUUUUAUUUAUAUUUAUUCAAUUAUAGUAACACUGUAAGAAAUUUCUUGAGCGCACUUCUCAUUCUAAUCACCGCGAGAUAAGAAAUAAAAUAUAUAAAUGAAUGGUUUGAAUAGGAUAUAUAAUUUUUUCGAUGCCUUCAGCAUGAGAGAAUGAAUUUUCACGAAACUUUUAAGCGCUAUAAGCAUCUCUUUAAGAUUAUCUCAAAUUGACUACCAAUGUGACAUAUACAUUAUGAAAGCCACGAAAACAGCACAUUACUUGAUUGUCGGGUUCUAACAUAUUUAAUAAAGAGAAUAACAUGAGAAAAUAGAGUAAGUUUUAAUGAAGGACGUUAGAUGAAAAUGUUAUUUUAUAGAUAUUGAAAUGGUACAUCAACAAUUUUGAAUUCACAAAUAAAUUACAAGAAAUCAAUCUGAAAA